AUGAAUCCUGAGUAUGAUUAUCUGUUCAAGCUUCUUCUUAUUGGAGAUUCUGGUGUCGGCAAAUCAUGCCUUCUUCUGAGAUUUGCUGAUGAUUCUUACAUUGAUAGCUACAUAAGCACCAUUGGAGUUGAUUUUAAAAUCCGUACCGUUGAGCAGGAUGGGAAGACUAUUAAGCUCCAGAUUUGGGAUACAGCUGGCCAAGAACGAUUUAGGACAAUCACCAGUAGCUAUUACCGUGGGGCACAUGGAAUCAUUAUUGUUUAUGAUGUGACAGAUGAAGAGAGCUUCAAUAAUGUGAAGCAAUGGCUCAGUGAAAUUGACCGCUAUGCUAGUGACAAUGUUAACAAGCUCUUGGUCGGCAACAAGUGUGAUCUGACAGAAAAUAGAGCUGUGCCGUAUGAAACAGCUAAAGCAUUUGCAGAUGAAAUAGGCAUACCUUUUAUGGAGACUAGUGCAAAGGAUUCUACAAAUGUCGAACAGGCAUUUAUGGCAAUGGCUUCUUCCAUCAAGGAAAGAAUGGCAAAUCAACCUACAAACAAUGCGAGGCCUCCAACAGUGCAGAUUAGGGGACAGCCAGUUGGGCAGAAAAGUGGGUGCUGCUCAUCUUAA